AUGACCCAGCUGCUCCUGGUACUCUGGGCGUCUCUGGUGUCUGUGGAGCUCGCCCCAGGCUUGCCGACCACAGCAGUGCCAGGGAAGGCCCAAAACCUGAGCUGCUUCCAGUGUUUCAAGGUGCGCCAGUUCAACGAGUGUAAGCCCAUGAAGUGCCAGCCCAACGAAAACGUCUGCCUGAGCAACGAGGUGCUCCUUUACUCCAGUACAAAGAGCAGAGCUCAGAUCAGCAAGCGCUGCUCCGUCAGAUGUCUCAACUCCAACAGUUUCGUUGAGUGGCCAGUGAGCAAUGGAUUUCAGGCCAAGAUCACCAGACAAUGCUGUGCAAGGAAUCUCUGCAACAGAGCCCCUGCUACCUGGGAGAGGUUCGGGGCAUUACCGGGGAGGCUCCUGAUGCCAAUGGGUCUGAACCUCCUCUGUACCCUGUUGUCGACCCUUGUCCCGUGA